CAUACUUUAAAAAAUCAAUCACCGGUAUAGCCUACUAACAUUAUUUAGCCUACCUAUAGGCUAUCAUGAAAGCGACUACAGAGCAAUAAACGUAGGCUAUCUAUUCGGGCACCGGUUCUGGGCUGGAGUUAUGCACCUCAUCGAAAGUAUAAAGCGCAAGCCGACCGAGGUGAUGCCUCCACCGGUCAAGAAUUGAGGGCUGACCCGGUGUUUGGCUUGGAGAUGGGGGUGGGAUUUCCCGAGCUUUCCUGUCAUUGGUUAAUAUUUUAUUCUGUUGACAUGUUUUCUUACUGCUAAUGCUUCCGACACCUUAUUGUCCACCCCCUCUCUUCGAGUCUGGCAGGAGCUGUCAAAACCACGCCUAUAGAGGCCCACAAUUGGUCCAGAAAGCGUAAAAUCAGCAAUCAAAGGGGCUUGGUUCAUUAGUGUUGGGAUCGAGGCAGGAAGAACAUGUGAGAUAGUCACAGUUCUUCAGUGAACAGGGCAAGACCAUUUCAACUCCGUGUCCGUGUGGAAUGAUUGCUUCAGCCUUCAGAGAGGCAUAUCUUAUUUUUCUCAAAGCGACUGGUCGAGAGAAAGAAGGAAACCCCGAUUCUGCUCUCAAAGCGUAGCUGCUUCACUAUCUUUGACUGAUAUUGUUACUGCACUUCGUGGAGUUACCAGCAACGGGAGUUUACGUGUAGUAUAGGCUAGUUCCUAUCAAUUCAGUUUUUUCUGCUAAUAACCGUCUAUAACCCGUCUAUUCAUAGCCUAUCUGGCACAGUAUUCCUUAUUCUUAAGUAUUCAUUACUUCUGUAUACUUCUUACAGAAAUAACAAUACAUUAUUCUGGAAAUUGUCCUACUGUUUUUGCCGAGGGGGGAGAAUCGCACUGUAUAUCAUAAUUUCACUUCGAUAUUUUGGAUGCACCGAUGAGAGAUCCAGUUUUCACAGGGACUGCCAUGGCUUAUCACCCUUUCCACGCUCACCGGCCGACCGACUUCUCCAUGUCAGCUUUCCUAGCGGCCGCGCAGCCUUCCUUCUUCCCGACGCUCACUCUGCCUCACGCGGCUCUUACUAAGCCCAUGUCGGACCACCUCGUUGGAGCCGCGGAGGCAGGGCUCCACCCGGCUCUCAGCCACCACCACCAGGCGGCUCAUCUCCGUAGCCUGAAGAGCCUGGAGCCCGAGGAAGAGGUGGAGGACGACCCCAAAGUCACACUGGAGGCCAAGGACCUAUGGGACCAGUUUCACAAAAUAGGAACAGAGAUGGUUAUUACCAAAUCUGGAAGGAGAAUGUUUCCUCCGUUUAAAGUCAGAAUAAAUGGCCUUGAUAAAAAAGCCAAGUAUAUUCUAUUGAUGGAUAUAGUCGCUGCCGACGACUGCCGCUACAAGUUCCACAAUUCUCGCUGGAUGGUAGCGGGAAAGGCCGAUCCGGAGAUGCCCAAAAGAAUGUACAUUCACCCGGAUAGCCCGGCUACGGGAGAGCAGUGGAUGGCCAAGCCUGUUGCUUUUCAUAAACUGAAGCUGACCAACAAUAUAUCGGACAAGCAUGGAUUUGUAAGUACUACGAUUCUUAAUUCCAUGCACAAAUACCAGCCCAGGUUUCAUAUCGUGAGGGCCAACGACAUCCUGAAGCUCCCCUACAGCACGUUUAGGACAUACGUGUUCCCAGAGACAGACUUCAUCGCUGUCACAGCUUAUCAAAACGACAAGAUAACACAGCUGAAGAUUGAUAAUAACCCUUUUGCCAAAGGAUUCAGAGACACCGGAAAUGGAAGGAGAGAGAAAAGGGAACCGUUCAACUCUAGGAAACAGUUGACCCUUCCCUCUCUGCGGAUGUAUGAAGACCAAUGCAAAGCAGACCGAGACGGGGGCGACUCUGAUGCCUCGUCUAGUGAACCAACAACCGGCAGAGAUGGUGCACACUCUCCAAUCGGACCUGGAUCCAGCCCGCUUAGUCGAAUCAGCCCAGAUGAUAAAGCCUGUACUGACAGUGAGCAAGAACUUGACCAUCAGGAUGAGCGUUGUACCGCAUCGAACAGCCCUGAACCGGAGCCGCCCUCUCCCUUCAGCCCGAGGUGCGAGGACCGGGUGAAGGAAAAGCCGAGUCUGGAAAAGAAAGACUAUCUGGACUCAAGAAAGUCGAGCGACUCCAUAUUCAGUAUAAGGAACCUUGAGAAAGGAGACAAAACGGAGAACAGGCACAGGAAAGACACUACAGAUUCGUCAAAAAAGGACACCGCAGACAGCGGCGCGAUAAGCGCAACCAAAGAAAGUUUCUCCCCGCUCAUGGUUCAAACAGAGAGCCCCUCACACUUCAGCGCGAGCCACCUGCAGAGUCUGGCCCUGUCUGGUUUGCACAGCCAGCAGUUUUUUAAUCCAAUGAACGCCGGACAAAUGCUAUUUCACCCUGGACAGUUCGCUAUGGGCCCAGGUGCGUUUUCUGCCAUGAGCAUGGGACAUCUAUUGGCCUCGGUAUCCGGGGCAAGUGGUAUGGAAAACGGCAGCCUCUCCGCACAGGGCACCGGGGGCGCGCCGAACCCUUUCCCCUUCCAUCUAUCGCAGCACAUGCUCGCCUCUCAGGGCAUUUCCAUGCCGACCUUUGGAGGCCUGUUCCCGUACCCGUACACCUACAUGGCUGCCGCUGCCGCCGCGGCCUCCGCCAUGCCCGCUAGCACUACAGCCAGUUCGCUCUCGAGAAAUCCCUUCCUCACCAGCUCCCGCCCCCGGCUCCGGUUCAACCCUUAUCAGCUCCCCGUGUCUAUGGCCCAGAGCACAAGUCUAUUCACCACCGGCCUGCCAGGCGGCCUAAACCCCAGCUCCGAGUCGUCCAAAUCGGGCAGCAGGGAGACGAGUCCCGUGCCUGAGCUCCACAACCACAAAGCGGGGUCGAGUCAUAGGACCAGCUCCCCCAAAUCGAUGAAGGACUCUAUCAAUGAGCUCCAAAACAUCCAGAGACUAGUGAGCGGCCUGGAGAGCCAGAGAGAGACGUACCCCCCGAGAGACUCUCCUAAGUGAUCUCACUAAUGGAAUAAUAUAUUCCACCACGACUUGGCUUGAAAUAUCAGAGGACUUUAUGAUACAUUUUGUACAGCACAUUAUGCGAGGAAAUGUCAAUACAGGCCUACAUUUUCGCGCGCCUGGACUGAGAAAAGAGGCAGGGAAUGAAGGAGAGAGAACCAGCGUCGUCACUUACUGUUUCUGUGUGGGGUACGCUUUCAAUAUUAUAGGAAACUGAAGCAUCGAAAUAAUAUGAAAACCAAAAGUGGGCACUGAAUUUUUAGGCGUCUGGCUAAAACUAGAGCACACUAAGAGGAUACCGCAAGGAGGAGAACCUACUAACAACAUUCUUCAUGUAGAGCAUAAUGAUGUUAAACGACAGUGGCAACGUCGUGGCAUUGUUUUUAGGGACUGAAGGAGAGAACAGUUUCAAACUAUAAUCAAUAGACGUGCUUUUUUUUAAUGAUGAGAGCAGUACAGCAGCAUAAGUACUGAAUGAACACUGGUGUGCGUUUUGCCCGCACUAUGGAGAAGGUGCAACCUUUAAAACGACAGGAAAACAAGCUACAUCCCAAAAGUUUUUAAAACAUAGGCUAUUAUUUCAAAAGGGAUGCAUAACAUGAACGUUCCGUGAAAAAUAAUUGAUAGAAGAACGCUUAGGCCUAUCGUUUCUGCCUGAUUUUUUUGUUUGAAUUAUUUAUGUAAUUAAAAUAAAUUCUGUAAAUAAGCUAUAAAGGAAUCCAAGAAUAUGCAAUUGGUAUUAAUUUAUUUAAGACUGUACAUUGACGUGUAUAUAAUAUUUAGAGUUUAACUCGUUGCUUUUUAUUCUUUUUUAUUUUACAUGAACGUAUUCUGAAAAUGAAAGCUAUUAGGCGCUUGUUGGUUUGAACCAGAACGUUUUUAUCUGUAAUGCAUAGCUGAUUAUCUGCCUGUGACACAUGAAGGAAACUAACAUGUGUGCCAUGUUUAUCUCUGUCUGCAAAAACCAAUAUCAGCAAAGAGAGAAAGAGAGAUAGAUAGAGAGAAAGCUGCCUAUUUGUCACAUUACCUGACUAUUAUCUGCAGGAGAGGCAGAGAUGUAGGAAAACCUCAGGUCAUUUCACUCCAACACAGGAGAGGAUGAUAACAGUUCUCUUUAAAUGGGGCAUAAAUGCAUAUCUAUAUAUAUAUAUAUAUAUAUAAAUAUAUUUAAAAUUGAAAGCGUAUCUCGCUUAUGCUGGUUGUGAUUUUUUGUUGAAUUAUCUCACAAUUUCAAUAAAAAAAACUAUGUGUUAAA